CCUUGCUUGCUUUCGCGGGCUCUCUCCCACACGCUUUCUUUCUAAGCCUUAGACAUGCAUACGCACAGACUGGUGUAUACAGUAUAAUUCGAAUGUAAACCAUCGUUUUCCUUCGUAAACGAUGAACAGUGGAAGUUGCUUGGCUCCCUGUAUCGACCAAGCCCUUCCGAAUCUUCCCCUCCCAUGAUACGCGAUGGGUUGCAUCUCGACCAUCAUCACCGACGGUCGUCGCCGCACCGCCGUUAAACACCGCCCGAGUAGGAAGGCGCCCGUUGCUACCCCCGCGGUAUCCGACGAAUGUAAGUCCAGCAGCGCUCCGGCGGACGAGACACCGAGACCUCAGCAAGGCUGGCCACCGUGGCUGGCCGCCGUGGUGGGCGACGCCAUUCGCGAAUUCGUCCCUCGCUGCGCCGAUACCUUCCAAAAGCUCGACAAGAUUGGGGAAGGAACGUAUAGCAACGUGUACAAAGCCAGGGAUCUGGUGACGGGGAAGACGGUCGCGUUGAAGAAGGUCAGGUUCGAUAAUUUGGAGGCAGAGAGCAUCAAGUUCAUGGCGCGAGAGAUUCUGGUGUUGACGAGGCUUGACCACCCUAAUGUGAUUAAGCUCGAGGGGCUGGUCACUUCGCGCCUGUCCUCGGGUCUCUACUUGGCUUUCGAGUACAUGGAACAUGAUCUCUCCGGAAUCGCUGCCCGCCAAAAUGGCAAGUUCACUGAGCCUCAGGUCAAAUGUUAUAUGAGGCAGCUGUUGUCAGGGCUUGAGCAUUGCCAUAAUCGUGAUGUCCUGCACCGUGAUAUUAAGUGCUCCAAUUUACUUAUUGACAAUGAAGGGACCCUUAAAAUAGCUGAUUUUGGACUGGCGACAUUCUAUGAUCCUGAGCGCGAGCAAGUCAUGACCAAUAAAGUUGUAACACUAUGGUACCGAGCACCGGAACUUUUGCUUGGGGCUACUAGCUAUGGAAUUGGCAUUGACCUCUGGAGUGCAGGCUGCAUUUUGGCGGAGUUACUCUAUGGAAAGCCAAUAAUGCCAGGACGGACUGAGGUAGAGCAACUGCAUAAGAUAUUCAAAUUAUGUGGCUCGCCAUCUGAAGCAUAUUGGAACAAAUUCAAAUUGCCAAAUGCCAAUAUUUUCAAGCCACCACAGCCUUACACUCGUUGCAUAACAGAAACAUUCAAGGACUUCCCACCGUCUGCUCUACCUCUCCUUGAGACUCUGCUUUCGAUGGACCCUGAUGAACGGGGCACCGCCACAACGGCACUAAAUAGUGAAUUCUUUGCUGCUGAACCUCAUGCAUGUGAACCGUCAAGUCUGCCAAAGUAUCCUCCAAGUAAAGAGAUGGAUCUAAAGUUGAUCAAGGAAAAGGCGAGAAGAGAUUCAAGCAAGAGACCUGGUGCAUUCCAUGGUUCCAGAAUGGAUGGGGUUCAUGGUCGGGCUGGGAGGUUAAUUCCAGCCCCAGAAGCCACUGCAGAGAAUCAGGCAACUCUGCAUAGGCUGAGAGUUAUGAAGAAAGCCAAUCCCAUGAGCAGAAGCGGGAAAUUCCCACCUGCACAUCAGGAUGGAGUGGUUGGAUCUUCUGCUAACGCAUGCCUAACUGGUCCAGUGUCAAGUGCUGCACCUGAUUCCCGUCGAUGCCAGUCACUUAAUCAGAACUCAUCAAGUUCAGUUGGAAAUGCUUUAGCUGGAUCCUCCACAAGCCAGAAGACGUUAAAGGCGACUCCCAAGUUGUUGCAGAUGGGAAGCUCAUCUUCGCAUUCAUGCCAUCGGAUGCUUGUUUACGGAUCCAAUCUCACAAUCAGAAGUAAAUAGUUGGCCUCCAGCUCUCGAUGCUCUCUCUAAAUCAGAAAAGAAGAGCGGUACACAGACUCGAUAAUCUUUUUGUUAGCGUAGGAUCCUUAUAGAUUUCUCUCCCCACACCAGUUCUGUACCUAUUUUCAGAGUAACCAAUUGUUGUACAAAAGAAUAAAGCUUUUGCAUUGUGAAUGUCAACCUGUUACUUCUGUCA